CAUUUUCUUACUCCCAACCAUAAAUGGCGAAAGAGCUUCUGCAGCUUCCUCUGCUUCUGCUUCUUCUUUUUCACCAGCAACGGUGUCGUUUUGCACCUCCUCCACCAUUCUCGAACCUCGCAUUCUCAGAUUCGUCUCUUCCUUCAACCCCUUCCACUUCUACUCUCUGCUGAACUAGUUUUCAUCCUCGCUCAGGUGCAUUUCCCCUUUUUCUCUUCAAAUGCGUUUCAAUUUUCGCUUUCUUAGAUUGAUUUCUUCCAUUUUCUGCAUUUUCGUUUUCCGCGUUCACUCUUUCCUUUUUCUGCACUUCGCUUCGUGAAAUUCGUAUUCUGUAACCGUUUUUCCUGCUCUGCAUAAUUCGUCAGUGUAAGAUUGUUAUCAAGAAAUGUAAGCGAGGAAGAAAAUCUUGGCACUUCAUCAGUUCCUCUAGAAUUUCUAUUUGUCUAGGUUUCUAGCAAAUCAAACUGCAUAAUCUAAUGUAAUAUGCAGUUACUGUUAUUUUGUUUCCUUAUAGAGCACAGAAUUACGAACUAUGAUGCUGUAUCCUGUGUUGUAAUCAGCAUUUCCGAAGCCAGCCGCAAUUUGAUUAUACAUACAUAUGUGCCUGCAUCCAGUUUUUGUUUAUGUAACCGAGAAUUUGAUUAUCGAAGACGAGUGCUAUUUGUUGGACUCUUUCUGAUCAAUUGACGGGGUUGAUCUAGUUUAACCAGUGGUCUCUUUGAGCACUGUAUUAAAUGCUCGAAUUGAGGGUUUUGACGCUUAUAAUGAUUCUACUCGACUGGAGCACGAUUGCCUUAUUUAGAGGAUACCUUUGGUCCCCAUAAAGAAAUUUGUUUUUUUUUUUAACCUUGUAUGGAAUUUUGCUUUAGUAUUCAUUCUUUUAUUUAUUCAUUUCUGGUCUUGUUGAAAGGACUUAACAUGCUUCAUUUAGUAAGUACUUUUUAUCCAGGAAAGGGAAACCUAUUACAUAUUGACGACAUGGAGCAGUAUGAAAUACGUGAGCAAAUUGGAAAAGGUGCCUUUGGUUCUGCUCUUCUUGUGAAGCAUAAGCAUGAGAAGAAAAUAUAUGUGCUGAAGAAGAUUCGCCUUGCCCGCCAAACUGAGCGCUCACGUAGGUCUGCACACCAGGAGAUGGAGCUCAUCUCCAAAAUGAGAAAUCCAUUUAUUGUAGAGUAUAAAGAUUCGUGGGUAGAAAAGGGUUGCUAUGUGUACAUUAUCAUUGGUUAUUGUGAGGGUGGAGAUAUGGCGGAAGCUAUAAAGAAAGCUAAUGGUGUUAUGUUUUCUGAGGAGAAACUGUGUAAGUGGCUUGUUCAACUUCUUAUGGCCCUUGAUUACUUGCACAUGAACCAUAUUCUUCAUCGUGAUGUCAAGUGUUCAAAUAUAUUCUUGACAAAAGAUCAAGACAUACGUCUUGGUGAUUUUGGACUUGCCAAAAUGUUGACUUCAGAUGAUCUCGCCUCCUCUGUUGUGGGAACACCUAGCUACAUGUGCCCUGAGCUCCUUGCUGAUAUACCUUAUGGUUCUAAAUCAGAUAUUUGGUCCUUGGGAUGUUGCAUUUAUGAAAUGGCCUCGCAUAAGUCCGCUUUCAAAGCAUUUGAUAUACAAGCCCUGAUUAUGAAGAUUAAUAAGUCGAUAGUGGCUCCAUUGCCAACAAAGUAUUCUAGUGCAUUUCGAGGUUUGGUUAAAACCAUGCUAAGGAAAAAUCCAGAGCUUAGACCCAGCGCUGCAGAGUUACUUGGGCACCCACAUCUUCAUCCAUAUGUUCUUAAGAUCCAUCUCAAAAUCAAUAGCCCCAGGCAAAGUAGGCUGCCGUGUCAUAGGCCAGAACCCAACUACAUGAAGAAAACUAGGUUUUUGAAGCCAGAGGGUGAUCCAGUGUCAUACUCUGAAGAUAAGGAACAUUCUUUCAACAAUGACCGGACUUUAAAUCCUAGUGUAUCUGGAGCAGAGCAAGAUUCUCUAUGCUCUACCCGAGAAAUAAAUUGCACUUCAGAUCAUUUGAAUCAAGGGUUAGCUGAAAUGUGUGUUGGAGAUAGCCAUGACGUGAAGUCAUUCUACAAGCCAGCCGUUUCCCGAACUCAUAGUGUUACCAAGACUGCAAGACUUACUUCAUCGAAAGCAUCUGCCACCCCGAAGAAAUCAAUGGAACCCUCGAAGACUCAUAAGCUUCCUGUUUCGCACAAUAGGAAACAACCUGUCCAUGCAACUCGCAGAGUAUCAUUGCCAUUGCCAAGAAGUUGUGUCAUUCAGCAGCCUCCCCGCAGGCCCAGUAUUGAUUUACUUGGCCAUGUGAAUUCGCCCAAUAUUUCGGUUAACUCUCCCCGUAUUGAUAAGAUGGCAGAGUUCCCAUUAGCAUCAUAUGAAGAUCAAUCGUUUCCCAUCAAUAGAUCUUCACCAACCUCUGUGCAGGGUUCCUCAGGAUACCCUCCUUGUGGCAAUGAUUCAACUUUGAUAGACAAAUGCACAGUCGAGGUAUGUGACAGAGCCUACGUUAGGCCUAGUUGUAGGGAUGCUUGGCAGGGAAUCAAGGUCAAACACAGCAUGUUCACUGUAAAUGAUGAGGGAAAAAGUCGCUCUUCUGAUCAAAAUGGAACUGGUAGAGCAUCAAGCCACAACUCUUCAGACUUGCGCCGCCGACAGUUUGAUACUUCAUCGUUCCAACAAAGGGCUGAAGCCUUAGAAGGGCUGCUUGAAUUUAGUGCAAGAUUACUACAUCAGCAAAGGUAUGACGAACUUGGGGUUUUGUUAAAACCGUUUGGGCCCGGAAAAGCUUCCCCAAGGGAAACUGCAAUUUGGUUAAGCAAGAGCCUCAAAGAGAACGCUUUCAACCGUGAAGAAUCCGCCUAAACUACUGUAGUAUCUCACGUUUAAUGCAUGUUUGGAAAAUGUUUGAAAAUCGCAUAUAACAAUGGCAUAUUUUAUAAGCUGUGCUGAAGAGCUUUUGCGAUUUUAGAUUUUGAAACGCUUAACCAAACAUGCUAGUCAUGUUUGCAGGAUAUUGGUGUUUCUUCCUUUACAAAUGGGUGACAUUUAGACAGCUGACUUUUUUCUUGGUAAGGGCGUUUUUUUCAGUUUACUCCCUUUACUGAACAAUGGUAAUUCAAGCUUUCAAUCUGAUGAAUGAGGAAGACCAACGAUAUUUUCAUGA